CCACCACUACAGGUCUACUUGACUAGUGCAUGCCACUUGGGCCCGGGGAACGAAAGGAUUAAAUUUCCUCUGUGAGUUUAGUACGUCAGUCCCCCUAUCAGUCAAGGAUUUUCUUUGGGCCCGCGAAAAAAAAAAAAACAGAAAGAAAUAGGCUUCGGCAUCGUAUGCACCACCCGCUGGGUGAAGGUGCCUACAACGCGAGUUGCAAGGUCAAGCUCUUUUCGGCCUCCGAAACAAGACUGUACAGUAGAGCACAGCGAGGGCCUGUUCCACGAACAAUCUGGUGCAUAGGCAGUGCCACCCAUUCUUUUCCCUGCUCCUCAACUUCUCUUGCGGUACCCACAUUUUCACUCUAAUACCACCACCGCUACUGCUGCAUAUUAUCAUAUUUACCUCACCGCUCCCAGCCUUUCUUCCCUGUCUACAUAACCAACCCUCCCCGCCCCCUGGGACUCCACCAUAUCUCUACCGGUAUACUUCUUUUGGGUGAUGCACUGUUUGUUGGUCUCUAAUUAAUAGAAGGGAAGAAAAGAGAGUGCAAGAGAGAGAGAGAGAGAGAGAUAAAGAGAGAGAGAGAGGGAGGGGAUAAGGGAGGCAGGGAACCUUUGGCAUCUAUGAGAGAAUAUUGAGGGGAAGGGAGCAUCACGAAUGGGAUUCACCAUGAAUACACCAUCCCACUUGAGCUCGACUCACUCCUCUCCCUCCGAGUUUGACGACGAAGCGAGCAUGAUGGAGACUACGGAUUGGCCACAUAUGCCUCCUCCUGUGCGGACAAGUUCGCCGCCGAUUGCCGGGAAUAGCGCGCCCUCUUCAGUCCCGGCCAAGGCGCAAACUUUACCGCUCCAGAAGCGCCGGAGAGUCACUCGAGCUUGCGACGAAUGCCGGAGGAAGAAGAUCAAGUGUGAUGGCAAACAACCUUGCACCCAUUGCACGGUUUACAGUUAUGAAUGUACCUACGAUCAACCCUCAAAUCGAAGGCGUAACCCUGCCCCACAAUACAUCGAAGCCCUGGAGACACGGCUUCAUCGGAUGGAGGCUUUGCUCAAAGUAUUGCUUCCCGAUGUCGAUGUGAAUCAUCCAAACUUUGACCUCGGCAAACUGCUAUCGCAGAUGCAGACAAACGGAACAACCCGUACCGCAGGAAAAGAUGUAACCGUUGGCAGCGGUCACCCCCCAGACCGUAACGGGAGUGCUACAUCUGUUUCGGCGGAGAAGGAUUCCCUUUUAGAAUCCAUAGUCGAAGCCGCAGGCCGUCUGGACAUUGAGCGCCCGCAAGGUGCGCCCGAUAAAAUUGACCAUAGCUCAUCCCCCCCCGAAAGCCGCUUCGAUGCGUCGGGCAGUGGCGGGGGUAGUAACCCAUACGAUAGUCUUGAAGUCCAACUGUUCGGCCCGCUCCCACAAUACCUCCUCCAAGGCCAGCCACAGCAACUUCCAGAAGGCACUUGCCCGGACACAACAGGCCAGGACAUCCGGAUGAUCGGUAGCAGCAGCACCCAGCCAAACUUUAUGGGUGUUACCUCGGGGACCAUCGGCCUUGAUGGGUAUUUCGGAGACCAGUGGGGUGAGAUGUUGUUGCCGAGACAGGACAACUCUUAGAUUUGGUGCUUUUCCUUUUCCUUUUCCUUGGUUCCGCUUCUCGCCCAUGGGAAUAUUAUUGUUGUUUUUACGCUACCCUAAGCUACAGAUCGGUUAAUGAAAAUUUCCACCUUUCCACUUUAUCUUUCACUUUUCUCUUACUCUUUUUUUCCCGACUCUUCCCCUGUUUAUUCACAAAUUUCCUUCCUCGCAUCUACCUGCAUCGCUGGCGCACAUUUUUUCUUUCUCUUAUCGAUUAACGCUUGUCUGCCCAUUACAUUACCCACUCGCAUUCGCUCGUUACCCAGGCAUUCGUUCAUUAGUUCAUUCAUUCGUUCCUUUGUUCGCUCAUUACUCCAUCACUCACUCAGCCUUUCAUUUCACAUAAGCAAUCGGAUGUUUUUCUUGGGAGGGGGGUUUCGGAAAAAAAAGGGGAGGGCAAGUUGAGGUAGGUUGGAGUUGGGUGUAUUUAUCGUCAUUUCAUCGCUGGAAUAUAUUGCUAUGUUUUUUUUAG